CCGGCCCGUUCUGGUUCCUGUGCUAGCCUUAUUUAAAUAUAGAUAAAUAGAUAGGAAGAUAUAUCAUCAAUAUGGAUAAUGAUAGCAUAUCGGUAAUGUCGGAACUUGGAAAGAGAAUAAGUUGCGAUUAAGUUCUUGUCCGUGGUAUUUUGUUCUUAUCUUGUAUCCUCCUUUUUCAAUUACCCGAUCCAAAAUAUGGGAGGAGGAACUUUCAGGGCAGCGUCGAAGCUGGCUGGAAUUGCCGCGACUACCGGCCCUAUCCGUGGAAUCGCGGCGGAGCGCUUCCCGGUCUCCGCCGCACGAAAAGCUAGCUCGGUUUUUCCUGCGGCGAAGACGGCGGAGGACGUGAAUCUCGUGGCGGAGGCAGGAGUGCAAAGGCCCUGUUCGGGGAUCGACGAUUGGGUGUUCGCCGGCGGAGAGAAGGAUGACCUUCCUAGCGCCGGUGAGCCGCUGCCGAGGGUUGUCUUUGGUGGUGUGCCGAGUCUUCAGGAAGCCAAAGAGGCUACUUCUGAACUUACAGUCGCACUUGAGAAUGCCUAUUUGUUGUCUCCCAAUCCAGUCGGCUGCAAGAGUUCAGUUGGAUCAGAUAAUGACUGUAUUAUGUCUCUAACAAACAAAAAGGAAGACGAGAUCAAAGCUUGUGUUUCCAGUGAUGUUGCUGUACCAGCCCCUGCUAUUAUGGCAUUUAGGUUUCUGCAUGAGAACCCUAUGGCCCAGAAUGUUGUUGCUUCUAUUGCCUGUGAUUCGAAUGUCUGGAAUGCCGUGUUACAAAACAACGAGCUACAAGACUUUCUCCAGUCACAGAGAGGAUGUUCUUUAUCUGAGGGGACUUUGAAUGUGAAGUUGGUUGAUGGUUCCGAUUUUCCUGAUUGUUCGUCUACUAAAAGCACUGGUGAAGCACCUGGGCCUGGGGGCGGGUUUACGGAUUUUCUUCAGAGAAUAAAGAGCACUGUGAUUGAUAUGAUGAAUAGCUUGUCUGAUUACUUCACGAGUUUCUUUGGUGGUAAGGGUGUCAGUGGGGUAUUCGUAAAUGCUGAUGGAACUGCAAAGUUGAAUGGUGAGACAGUUAUGGAGGCAUCAUUUAUGGGAUUAGCAGUCAUGGCCAUACUUGUGAUUUUGCUUAAGCGAGCUUAAUCAUGAUCUUCACCUUGGGUGUAUCUGUGAAUCUGUCGAAACUUCAUCAGGAAUGGUUCUUUUCAUUUCCUAGUUUUGUGUCCAUAAGUGGAACAAUUUUCAUAUUGCGUCGAACUUUCCCGCAAUGGAUUAAUAACAUUUUGUAUUAAGACCAUAUUUUCUUAAAUUAUGUUAUAUUGACCUUUCUCAGUCUUCAGUUUAUUGUAUGAUCUUUGUGGACUGUGCUUGAUCGAUGUCACACCAAUUAAAAGACUGGAUUAUCAAGGGAUUAUGGACCUGUUAAUGCGGAUGCAAUAAUCUAAUUAUAUUCACAAAUUAUUUGUGAAAUAUUGGGACUUCAACCUAUGAGAGCUCCCUCGAUGUUGAAU